AUGCAAGGCAAAAGCAAACUUCACCGACUCCAAGGAAUAACAAGAUGCAGGUUCUUGAAGGUCUCUUUGAACCUCGUCCCCUGCAUGUUGCACGACACAGAGGUCACCCUCCAUGUCUUGCAAUGCCACUCAGGUCGGAUUCGGGGUUUAUGUUUGUCGUCUAUACCCGCUCCGUUCUUUGCCCCGGAGAGCUUGAAGACAACAAUAGACCAACGAUGUCCACGUAAACGUUUGGUAAAACUUAAUCAACAACAUCUCGGCCCUGAUACCACGCGUCUCAAAUAUAUCAACAACGCAAACAGACUGCCUGACGCAAAGGCUAUCAAGUUGCAGGUCGAUUGGCUCCAGGGCCUGAGAGAUGCCGCCGGCCGUGGCCCAGCGUUCAACAUUAUACUGUUGAUUAAGCUUGUGACCAGAAAGGCCAACGGGCCCAUGCGAGUAGUGUUCUGGCUUGUCAUUGUCACGCGAUGGCGAGCCUUGGCUCAUGGCAAGCACGCUGCUGUACACCAUCAACCAUUGUUUGCUGCAUUCAUCAUUUGCCUUUGUUGA